UACUAACGUAGUGGGGACAAUAUAGGAAGCUGACGCGGUUCACCCAACACAAUCGGACGCUACCGCCGCCGGCUCGCAGGCAACAUGUCAAAACUAAUAUUUUUAGUACUAACCGCGGUUUACGCGGAGGCUUGCUAUUGGAACGCCCCGUGCCCUUAUCAGCUGUUUGGAUCCAAAACACCAUAUGACACGGUUCGAGGUGAUAUCAGAGACUACGCAAUACCAACAAAUUGCCAAGCAGUGUCAAUAUGGACACUGAACCGACAUGGCAACAGGAACCCUGGCACCAGUGUGACCCUUGGCAUGAAGGAGGUCACAAACCUCAAGGAAGAGAUCAUCGCCAGCUAUGAAGCUGGCAACAGCCAGCUUUGUGCACAGGACAUAGAGGACUUCAAAAAAUGGACCUGGAAUAACACUCUAGACACAACCACCUCCUACCUCACGGGAGUCGGUUACGAGGAGUUGUACGACAUUGGCAAGAGGAUCAGGGAGAAGUACCCUCACCUGAUGACUGGAACCGCUGACCGUUUCCACUUCAGACCUACCAACGAGCAGAGGACCAUUACCAGCUGUGCCGCCUUCGUCCAUGGCCUGACUGAUGGCAUCAGUCUGAAUGUUACUGUGGAAUCAGUUCGGACGAGGGAUGAUGUUAUUAGGCCGUAUGAGAACUGCGAUCGCUAUCAGCAAGAAGUUAAAGGUGGACCAACUCUGAAUUAUCAACUGGACUCAUAUUUUACGUCACCUAAUUAUGUUGCUAUCCAAAACGCAGUCCAGUACCGUCUAGGCCUUACCUCCAAGCUGAACUCUUCAGACCUGUUCUCAAUCUACGAGCUGUGCCGGUUCUACCGCUCCUGGGGACCCACCCUGAAGUCUCCCUGGUGCUCCGUCUUCACUGAUGAGGAUCUUGUCAUCAUGGAGUACUAUGAUGACGUCAGACAUUAUUACAGAAACGGAUAUGGGUCUUGGGUCAACGAGAACCUUGGUCGUCUACCUCUGAAGGACCUUUACGACAGCUUCUCCAAUUCCGUGGAGGGUGUUGGAAAGAAAGUCACCGGUUACUUCACGCACGACACGAUGAUGGAGAUGGUAUUCUGUGCCCUGGGACUGUACAAGGAUGAUCCUCCACUACAAGCCCUGUUGAUGGAUGGCGAGAGAUCUUGGAGGACUAGCUACAUUGGGGCCUUCUCUGUCAAUUUAGUUGCUGUGUUGAACAGCUGCACGGAUAACAAUAUCAACCCGGAGUACCGAGUGCAAAUAUUCAUCAACGAGAAGGAGACGCCAAUCUGUCCCCUGAAAGGGUGCACCUGGGCUGAGUUCCAGGAAAAGUUCAAGCACUUCUCGCAAGCCACCCUGGAUUUCUGUAGCAUGAGCUUUGUACCGGAACAAGAGAAUGAGGCCUCACCCAACAGUGCAGCCCCAACUAAAGUAUUCUGGAAUUAUUGGUAACUGAGUGAACCAGAGAGUAUUUAGAUUAAGGUGUGAAAGUGUGGCAUAAUGAUAUAAAGACUUUACUGUAAUUGUAAAUAAUUCCUGACCAAUUACUUUUCUUUAUUUAAUUGUCAUACUGUGUUUAAAAUACCUUUCAAAUAAUACAGUGUAAACACAACUACCUCUUACAUAAAUAUUUUUAACAAUUGUGUAAAUCAAACAAAACUGUUUUAAAACUAUCACACCAACGAAUAGAUAUCAGUAAAACUGUCUAUUUUAUAUACUAAUUGCACAUUGCAGUGAUUGUCAUUCUGAAAGUUUUUUACAUUAUUUUCCUUUAUUAGACUAGUGCAUAGCGUAAAUAUUUGUUAGUAGAAACUACCGUCAUUGUAAAAUCGUUUCUCUUUGCUUCUCAGCCUAACGAAUAUAAUAAUAAUUUAGUUUGCGUGUAGAGAGUGGUGUAAGAUGAUCUCAACGAUCUGUUUGUUCUAUGUCAGUAAAUAUUGUUUGUUAGGCUCAGAGUUCUGAGAAAUGUUGACGAAGCCCAGUUCCUCGACUUGUGUAAAUAAAUUUUACAAGUUUUUGUAUUAAGGUUACAACGUUAUUUAUAUUGUGAAAUAAAUAUUUAA